CACCGACCGAAGAGAGGCCACGGUUAGCCGGCCAACCGACCGGUCGGUUCCGGUUUUUUGCUCGGUUAGCCGGCCAACCGAAAAAAAAUACAUUUUCAACAGAAAAAAAACAAAAAUUAAGAAACCAAAAAUUAUGCACCACUUAUAUCGAACCUUAUCUCAUCCUCUCCCCUUUCCUCCUCUGCACCACACAUCUCUCCUCUCUCCUUCCUUCUUCUUCUCUCAAACUCUCACCUUCUUUCUCCAUGGAAACAGAACUCCAUGGAAAACAGAUCUGCAGGCGAGGAGCGGCGGGGCGCGGCAGGGUGCGGCGGGGCGCGGCGAGGUGCGGCUGGGCGCGGCGGGGCGCGGCGAGGUGCGGCUGGGCGCGACGAGGCUCGGCGGGGCGAGGCGCGGCGCCGUUGGAUCCGCCGCCAGAACCAGAGGUCGCCGUUGGAGUCAGAAGAGGGCUGACGAAGUGUUCUUCUUCCAGAACCAGAAGCAAGUUUCUGGAUCCGCCGCCAGAACCAAAGAGGGCGGCCGAAUUCGAAUUUGUGGUGGAGAAAGUUUCUUCUGCCUCUUGCAUGGCCGGCUAGGAGUCAGAAGAGGGCGGACGAAGUUCUUCUUCGUCGCCGUUAUUGCGUCCGUUGUCGCGACGACGAUCCGUCUCCCGCCGGCGGAACCAGGAACGAUGGCCAAGAGGAAGUUGUGGUGGCGGUGGAAGGAGAGGGAGCGGAGGAGGAGGCAGGGUGUCUGUGGAGGUGAGGGUGGAAUGGAAUAGAAGGUCGAUUUAGGGUUUGGGGGUCGGUUUACUUUUAAGUUGUGGGUCGGUUUACUUUCAACCACUUUAUUCUUCCUCUAUUUUUACAUUUUCGGUCUUGGGUCGGUCGGCCGGUUACCCUCGGUUAACCGCCUUCGGUUACUCGGCUAACCGGAGAACCCUUUAGUCUUGCCGAACACCGACCGAGACUCAUAGCCGACCGGUUUUCGGUUAGUGACUAACCGGCAGUUAGCGGUUAAACCCGCCAGUUAGCCGCUAACCGAAAACCGAUCUGCCACCCCUACUCGCCAGAGUACUUCUUUUAACUCCUUUUCCUCAACUCGUGUGGAGGGUCAAUGAAAUUAAGGGGGGUCG